AUCUUACGAACGAUUUAUCUCUAGGGCUCAGGCUCGCACACCUUGACCAUCCCACAUGUGAAACCCACGGCAGCUGGGGUAAAGUUUGGAUGGAUCCAAGGAGUGCUGAUGCGAUGUCUCCUCAACAUUUGGGGUGUGAUGCUCUUUUUACGACUCUCCUGGGUCGUAGCGCAAACCGGGGUCGGCCAAGCUAUUUUAUUGAUCCUCACGACGACGGUAGUCACGACGAUCACGUCCAUGUCGAUGUCGGCUAUCAGCACGAAUGGUCUCAUCAAAGGAGGUGGGACAUAUUACAUGAUUUCCAGAUCAUUGGGACCCGAGUUCGGCGGUUCCAUAGGUCUCAUCUUCUCCUUAGCGAAUGCCGUUGCCUGCUCCAUGUAUGUGGUCGGCUUUUGCGAGAGCAUGGUGGACUGCCUCAAGUCCUACGGUCUCUGUAUAGUUGACUGUCACACUACCGACAUUAGGAUCAUAGGUUGCAUAACGAUCGUCGUGCUCUUGCUGAUAGUGAUAGUGGGCCUGGAGUGGGAGGCAAAAGCCCAGAUAGGCUUGCUAAUAAUUCUUCUCGUGGCUAUUGCCGACUUCAUGAUUGGCACUUUUGUGGGUCCCAAAAGCGAGGAGGAGAGGGCUAAAGGUUUCAUCGGAUACAACGGGGAAUUGUUCAAGGAGAAUUUUUAUGCGGACUACAGGUACAAAGACGGCGUGAAACAUAAUUUUUUUUCAGUCUUGGCUAUCUUCUUCCCAGCGGCGACAGGGAUCCUGGCAGGUGCGAAUAUAUCCGGUGACUUGAAGGAUCCGCAAACGGCGAUACCGAAGGGCACGUUGCUGGCGAUUCUCUUGACAUCACUGUCAUAUCUGAUAAUGGCAAUUAUGGCCGGAGCUACCGUGAUGCGAGAUGCAUCUGGUGACGUUAAUGACUUGUGGACGACGUUUAACAGCUCUCUUAUGGCCCUGUUCAGCGUAGACAAUGACACUGCGGUCGAGAACAGCACGGUUCUCGCCGACCAGACUACCAAUCGCACCUGGAGCAUAUAUGGGACGGAUUUCAACUGUACCGCGGGGUGUCAGUACGGCAGCCAAAACAGCGCCGAGGUAAUCCAAUUGGUUUCCGGCUUCGGCCCGUUCAUCUAUGCCGGCUGCUUCGCUGCAACACUCUCAAGUGCUUUAGCGUCACUGGUCUCGGCGCCGAAGGUGUUCCAAGCGCUGUGUCUCGACAAGCUGUAUCCGGGAAUCGCGUGGUUUAGCGGCGAGAAAGAUAAAGAGCCGAUUCGCGGUUAUCUCCUCACUUUCGUUAUCGCCGUUGGUUUCAUUCUGAUCGGCGAAUUGGACGCGAUCGCACCGCUCAUCUCCAACUUCUUCUUGGCUGCAUACACUCUCAUCAAUUUUAGUACCUUUCAUGCUUCUUUGGCUAAGCCGAUCGGAUGGCGACCGACUUUCAAGUAUUAUAACAUGUGGCUCAGUCUCGCUGGUGCUAUCCUCUGUGUUUCUGUGAUGUUCCUGAUCUCAUGGUGGACGGCUUUGAUAACGUUAUGCGUAGUUUUAGCGCUGUAUUUAAUAGUCCAAUACAGGAAGCCCGAUGUAAAUUGGGGCUCGACCACGCAAGCCCAGACGUACAACAACGCGUUGACUGCGGUGCAGCAACUCGAUCGAGUGGAGGAGCACGUGAAAAAUUACAGGCCGCAGCUCCUGGUGCUCACUGGUGCACCCAACGCGAGGUCGUCGCUCGUCGACUUCGCUCAUCACAUCACUAAGCAUCAGAGUCUAUUUAUUUGCGGUCACAUCAUCGAGACACCUAUAUCGUAUAAGACGCGUAGCAGCAUGGUGGCGAACUGCACCUCCUGGUUCAGAGCGAACAAAAUCAAGGCGUUCUAUUCGUUAGUGGAUGGUGCGAGUUUCCAAGACGGUGCUACUUCUCUCCUGCAAGCCGCCGGGCUGGGUAAAAUGAGGCCCAAUAUCUUGCUGAUGGGUUACAAGCAAAACUGGGCUUCCUGUUCCCGGGAGAACCUGAAUAUGUACUUCAACGUUAUGCACAAAGCUUUGGACAUGCACAUAGCGGUAGCGCUUCUGCGGAUUCAAGACGGCCUGGAUAGCAAUGCGACUGUUAUAGACGUCGAAGAUCCGAAGAGACUUGCGCCUACAUCGAUACCGGGCAAUCAAAGCUUCUCGCAGCUUAGCCAAGCUAGUAGCACGUCGGAUAUCUCGAUACCCGGUAGUCCUGCGCCGAGGCGUUCGAAGACGAUCAACGAAUAUCCCAAUGCGUCGUCCGAAGAACAACGCGAAACUCGUCCGAACAUAGCGCCAAUCGCCAAGGACAUACUUAACGUAGUAACCAAGUUCCAACGGAAGCACAAGAAAGGCACUAUCGACGUAUGGUGGCUGUACGACGAUGGCGGGUUGACGCUUUUGUUGCCUUACAUCAUCAGCACGAGACGCAAUUGGUCUAACUGCAAACUGAGAGUCUUCGCUCUCGCCAACAAGAACUCCGAGUUGGAAUACGAGCAGAGGAAUAUGGCGAGUCUCCUGUCGAAAUUCAGGAUAGACUAUUCCGCUCUCAAGGUGAUACCGGAUGUCUCCAGGCCGGCGCAAACCAGCACAAAGACGUUCUUCGACUCCUUGAUAGCCGACUUCCAGCAGUCGAUGGGUUCAAAAAAUUCUGAGGAUGACAUCAUCAAAGAUUCGGAACUCAUGGCGAUGAAGGAGAAGACCAACAGACACCUGCGCCUGCGAGAGCUGUUGCUGGAGAAUUCUAUGGAGGCCAAUUUGGUCGUCAUGACGCUACCGAUGCCAAGGAAAGGUGCUGUAUCAGCGCCUCUUUACAUGGCGUGGUUAGAGACACUGACACGCGAUAUGCCGCCAUUCCUAUUGGUGCGGGGUAACCACACGUCGGUUUUAACGUUUUAUUCAUAAUGAUGUGAGAAGUGGAUUGACAAAGUUGGAAGAAAGAAAAGGAAACGCGCAAAGAUAUUGGUCCGCGGCUGGCGACAACGGUGCCGCGGUAUUACAAGCAAAAUGAAAAAGAUUUAAUCAACUAUGUACGUGGAAAACUGAUUCGACUAUCGUAGAACGAAAGAUUCGGUGAUAUAUCUUCAAUGCUAUUGACGAACUUGCCUUCGAUUAUGCGCGUGUAAAUGCUGAGUUUGUGAGUGAAUCGCUAUUGAAAAAUGUGUGCCUAUGAUAAGCAAUCUUCAUAUCGGAAAAAUAUUCGGACUCAUUACAGCAGAAGACUGUAUUAUUUUUGUAACAUUUAAGUAGUAGGAUGUUAUUCGAUUUUAAAGGAACUUUGACGUGAAUCUCUACGACGGGGAAACCGUACCAAUUAUACUUGAUCUAUGCUUUAUAAAUACUUAAAAUAAACGAUGAAAUAAGCGAGAAAGAGAGAAUGAGAGCUGUAAAUGACAAUUACAUUUGCAAUCCAUAGCAUUAAUUUCAUUCGUUCGUCAUGCAAUUUUCCCUUAUUCGUGUCUUAUCUUAAACCACCGUAUUUUAUACGUGAGGACAUACGAAAAGGAUGUUCUAAGGGGAACAAUUUUGUUAUUAAUUUCAGAAGAUCGUGAUGCUUUGUUACAAGUCUAUAGUCUAUACACUCAAGAAGGCUACACAAACAUCUUUUAUUAAAAAAGUUGUAUAUUUCUAUAUGAAUUUAUAUGUAAGUUCGACUUCGAGUAUAAAGUGAACCUAUGUCCGAUGUAUCCUAUCAAUACUGCGCUAAAACUAACAGAAUUAAAAGAUUUGUCUGUUUUUCAUUAAUCUUAUAAUCUUAAUACAAUACUUGUUACAAAAGCGGUUUCAACCGUCACAUUACUUUUCAUCGUGAAAAAUAGUAUAAAAACUAAAUGCUGACGCUUAAAACGCAUAUCGAACACGUACAGAAGUUGUAACAGCACUACAGAGAAAGAGCAUUGCUACGAGAUUGCUACAUUGUUAUUGUUGUAUAAAAUACUAAAAAUCAUUAUAGCAACGCUUUGAGCGUUAACAUGGAUCGUAAUUCUAUAUUAUAUAUUUUUCGAUCACUACGAUACUCUUGGUCGCACGUAUCGUGAUCUAAGAACAGUCUAAGCGUGUUACACAGCGUCUCGUAUGUAUAUUAAAUUUUCAUACAGAAAUUUCGCAUCUCGAUUUCUGCUUAAACUUUUAAUUGCGGAACUUCGUUAUAACGAUGUGACACCACAAUAACAACUAUCAGUGCUCUUAUAUAUGAGUAACGUUGCAAUACAUUAUUAGGUGAUAGAGAGAUAUUUAUUUGAAUGUUUCGUGAACACGUUUCAGACUAGUUGCAGUAGAUGCAUUGCCGGGAGUCGGAAUACUGAUAGUAUACGAUUCACAUAUCUCUUUCUAAUUGUGUGAGUUUUGCAAGCUACAAACGACCUAUUAUUGUAGAGAAAUAUUGGUGCAUUAUUAACAAUAUAGUUUGAAUUACAAGUUAAUUUUGAUUCA